AGCAUACCUUUCCAUCGUGAAAAGAAGCUAGCUGCGUGAGUCAGACAUUUUAUCUUCAGGCUAGUGGAAUGUCACUGAAGCAUUCUAGUGGCCUGGAGAAGUUGACCUAACUGUGGAGAUGCCUGACACUAAAUGACAUCCUGAUGACCUAAAACACUCUACACUUCUAUGAAGAGUUUCAAUUUCUACCAUGUAACUAUGUGGUAUCAUGUUUACAUACAUUUGCAUAUGCAUAAAGAUUAUACAAAGGUGCCAGAAAAAGAAUAACUGUCCCUUAAAGGUGUAUCAGUAUAGGAUGUAGGAAUCUCUCCACGCUGAAUACCUAAAUUUAAAAAAGAAAAGAAGGAAAGAUUGCUGUUCUAGGUAUUCAUCCUAGUACUAAAAUGAUAAAAUCAAAAGCCAUGCACAAAAUUACCUCCCCAGAGAAAGGCUAGUCCCUUUUCCUCCCUAUCAGUUUCACUAUGAACAUGGAAAAUAGAAAAUUCUCACCAAAUUUGAUGAAAAGCACCAACACGUCUGAAUUGAAAUACGACUUUUCAUGUGAACUAUACCGAAUAUCUACCUAUUCGACUUUCCCCACCGGAGUUCCCAUCUCAGAAAGGAGUCUUGCUCGUGCUGGUUUUUAUUACACUGGUGUGAACGACAAGGUCAAAUGCUUCUGUUGUGGUCUGAUGCUGGAUAACUGGAAACAAGGAGACAAUGCUAUUGAAAAGCAUAAACAGCUGUAUCCCAGCUGUAGCUUUAUUCAGAAUCUAAGUUCAGUUAACAGUCUGGGGGCCCCCUCUCAGUCUGUUUUUUCUUCUUCAGUAAUGAACUCCACACAUUCAUUACUACCAAGUCUGGAAAACAGUGGAUAUUUUAGUGGCUCUUAUUCAAGCUUUCCAUCAAAUUCUGUAAAUUCCAGUGCAAAUCAAACUUUUUCUGUCUUGAGGACAAGUCCCUACAAUUGUGCAAUGAAUACUGAAAAAGCCAGAUUAGUUACUUUUCAGAUGUGGCCACUGACCUUUCUGUCACCAACAGAUCUGGCAAAAGCAGGCUUCUACUAUAUAGGACCUGGAGACAGAGUAGCUUGCUUUGCCUGUGGUGGAAAAUUGAGCAAUUGGGAACUGAAGGAUGAUGCUAUGUCAGAACACCUGAGACAUUUUCCCAACUGCCCCUUUGUAGAAAAUCGGCUUCAAGAAACUUUGAGAUACACUGUUUCUAACCUGAGCAUGCAGACACAGGCAGCUCGGUUUAAAACAUUCUAUAACUGGCCAUCUAGUGUUCCAGUUCUUCCUGAGCAGCUUGCAAGUGCUGGUUUUUAUUAUGUGGGUCAUAGUGAUGAUGUCAAAUGCUUUUGCUGUGAUGGUGGACUGAGGUGUUGGGAAUCUGGAGACGAUCCAUGGAUAGAACAUGCCAAGUGGUUUCCAAGAUGUGAGUACUUGAUACGAAUUAAAGGACAGGAGUUCAUAAGUAGAGUUCAAGCCAGUCACCCUCAUCUACUUGAACAGCUGUUAUCCACUUCAGAUACUCCAGAAGAUGAAAAUGCAGAGUCACCAAUUAUUCACUUUGGACCUGGAGAAAACCAUUCAGAAGAUGCAGUCAUGAUGAAUAUACCUGUGGUUAAAGCUGCUCUGGAAAUGGGCUUCAGUAGAAGGCUGGUAAAACAAACAGUUCAGAGUAAAAUCUUAACAACUGGAGAGAAUUAUAAGACUGUAAGUGACCUUGUAUUAGACUUACUUAAUGCAGAAGAUGAAAUAAGAGAAGAGGAGAAAGAAAGAGCAACUGUGGAAAAAGAAUCAGCUGAUCUAUCAUUAAUUCGGAAGAACAGAAUGGCACUUUUUCAACAUUUGACUUGUGUGCUUCCAAUCCUGGAUAGUCUACUGAAUGCCAGAGUAAUUAAUGAACAAGAACAUGGUGUUAUUAAACAGAAAACACAGACACCCUUACAAGCAAGAGAACUGAUUGAUACUAUUUUAGUAAAAGGAAAUAGUGCAGCCACCAUAUUCAGAAACUCUCUACAAGAAAAUGACCCUAUGUUAUACAAGAAUUUAUUUGUGCAACAGGAUAUAAAGUAUAUUCCCACAGAAGAUAUUUCAGAUCUACCAAUGGAAGAACAAUUGAGGAGAUUACAAGAAGAAAGAACAUGUAAAGUGUGUAUGGAUAAAGAAGUGUCCGUAGUGUUUAUUCCUUGUGGUCAUUUAGUAGUAUGCAAAGAAUGUGCCCCAUCUCUAAGAAAAUGUCCCAUUUGUAGAAGUACAAUCAAGGGUACAGUUCGUACAUUUCUUUCAUGAAGAAGACCCAAAACCUUGUCUAAACUUUUAGAAUUAAUGAACUGAAAUGUAUUAUAAUUUUAACUUUUGUACUGAUUUGGUUUCUUUGAAAAAUUAUAUUUAUUUACAAAUUGGAAAAAAAUGUUUUUUAUAA